AUGAGUGUCUCGCCUCGUCCAGCCUUCCCUCUCGCCGACGGCAUCAGUCUGGCGAACGCGAGUCGCCACUGGGCCUCUUUUCCCACCGCCUCUGUUGGCGUGGCGAGCGUGAUUCUCCCCUCCAUCGCCCUUCCUGCUGCCAUUGUGGCUCAGGUGAGCGAGAAUCUGUGCUUUAUCUUCCCCCAGGUGCCAGCUGUCGAUCCGCCGAGCGCACCUCGCUCUCCUGUCUUCCUCCACGCAUCUGCACCCUGCCGCCCUGCCGCUCCGUUCUUGGCUGGGGUCCCCUGGGCGAGUGCGAGCCUCCAUCUCGCUGCCCCGCCCGCCGUCGUUGGCCUUCUAGCGUUUGCGGGUGCUCAGCUUCUCUUCCUCCGCGUGAUCCCCGCAUCUGCGACUCGGCGCGUGCUCCUCCUCCUCGGCUCCAACUGGGACGUGAUGGUCCCCGCCCGCCUGUUUGUAGACGUGCUCUUGCUCGUCUCCCUUGUCCCUCGCUUUGUCGCCAUGCGUCUCCUCCCGCGUCCGGUCGGCCCGUGA